GCCUGCGCUGCUUCCCAGCCAAUUUUCUCGCACCGAACGAGAGAGUUCGACGGCGCGGCGCCCCUGUUGGGCAGAGUAGCCUGCAUCGGCAGACGCCGUGAGCUGCUCCGUCGAACAGCGCUCGCCCUGUCGCGCGCAUGGGCAUUUGGGGUGCUAGUGCGACGGGGAGGCGCCGGUGUCAGCGGCGACGGCGACGGCGGUGCUCGUGCGUAGCCUAGGCGUCCCGCAUCGUCUUCCUGAAGUGCGGCACCCGCUAGAGCUGAGAGGACACAGCGGGCGGUGGGUACACGCACGGCGACCGUGGGCACUGCAUGGGGAUGCGCGGUCGGCGGGGCGAGCCACCCGCCCGCGUCGUCAUCGUCGAGGAUGGCGCUUGCCGGGCAGAGCACAUCGCCACCGCGGUCAAAAGCAGGUCUCUGGCCCUGAAGGAGACGCAGAGGUGGAAGGGAGGCCGAGAGCGGCCCGGCGGGCGAUGGCCGCGGCAGCCGCCGCCGCGCCUGACGCCCAGAGGUGGACCAGAUCUGGCGGUCCGUCAUCUCCGGUGACCGCCACCGCGGUCUUCCUCUUCGUAUUCGUUGUCGUGGUCGGCGUCCUCGUCUCCGGCCGCUGGAUAACCACCACCACUAAUUUGGCAGACACCAAUCUAGAUCGGUGGCGCACAAACCCGGUAGAUUCAAUCUCCGUCCAUGCAGGCGAUCCUGAAUUCCUGACCGCCACGCAUUCCACCUCCAUCCCUGCCACCCCUGCUGUGCCGCCGCCGCCGCUCCCCACAUACUCCCUCUCCUGCUCGGCGCCAGGCGCUGGUGACCCUGACAUCCCAAGCAACAUCUCUCAGACUCUGUCCCUCGCACUCUCCUCAAACGCAACAUGCGCCACUGUCUCCGAGACACAGCUGGUUCCCCCCAUUGCUGCCGCCAACACCUCCUGCCCCGCCUACUUCCGCUUCAUCCACGAGGACCUCCACCCGUGGCGCGCGGCGGGGGGCAUCACCCGCACGAUGCUUGACCGUGCGCGCACCACAGCCAACUUCCGCCUCGUCGUGCUCCAUGGCCGUGCCUACAUCGAGCGCAUCGCGCCGGCCUUCCAGACGCGUGACCUCUUCACCAUCUGGGGCAUCCUCCAACUGCUCCGCCGCUACCCUGGUCGCAUCCCCGAUCUCGACCUCAUGUUCAACUGUGUGGACUGGCCGGUUGUCCACCCUGACAAGUACCAGGGGGAGAACGCAACCGUCUUGCCGCCGCUUUUCCGGUACUGCGGCGACAAUGAGACACUCGACAUAGUUUUCCCGGACUGGUCUUUCUGGGGCUGGGCUGAGAUCAAUAUAAAGCCCUGGGAUGCGCUGCAAAAGGAUCUGGAUGCUGGCAAUAGGAAGGUGGGAUGGAUAGAUAGAGAGCCUUAUGCUUAUUGGAAAGGGAAUCCAGAGGUCGCAGCUAUAAGGCAAGAGCUGGUUAAGUGUAAUGUUUCCAGUGAGCAAGAAUGGAAUGCACGGAUUUACAAACAGGAUUGGGUCAAAGAGAGCAAGGCUGGAUACAAAAAAUCAGAUUUGGCCAGUCAAUGCACCCACAGGUACAAGAUCUACAUCGAAGGAUCAGCGUGGUCAGUUAGCAAGAAGUAUAUCCUAGCUUGUGAUUCAAUGACGCUGGUGAUUAACCCAAAAUAUUAUGAUUUCUUUUCAAGGGUGCUGAUGCCCACUCAGCACUAUUGGCCUGUUCGAGAUGACAGUAAAUGUAACUCCAUAAAGUAUGCUGUUGAUUGGGGAAAUUCUCACAAGAAAAAGGCACAGAAAAUAGGGAAGGAGGGAAGCAAGUUCAUUCAACAAGAACUUAGUAUGGAAUAUGUAUACGAUUACAUGUUUCACCUCUUAACGGAAUACGCUAAGCUCCUAAGAUUCAAGCCAACCAAGCCUCCUGAAGCUGUUGAGGUCUGUCCCGAAUCUUUGGCCUGCCAAGCCAUAGGCAGGGAGAAGAAGUUCAUGGAGGACUCCAUGGUGAAGUCUGCAAACGUCGCUGGUCCGUGCAAUCUGCCUCCUCCCUUUAGCCCUGAGGAAUUCAGAGAGCUACACCAGAGGAAAGAAAAGUCGAUGAACCAGGUCGAAAUGCUGGAGCGAAAUGCUUCAAAGCCCGAGGAGAGAAAUGCUUCAAAGCCUGAGGAUAGCAAUCGCUGACAACUCCCUGGUCCUUUUAACUUACCUGAGGACAUGCAUAUAAAGUUUGUUAAGCUAUUUAGGAUUCAUGGUUGUGCUAAUUUUGUAGUGGUGAUACCAACAACUUCUAGUUUGAUUUUUCAAUUGCGUAACAUCUAGAAAAGUUGAAGAUGCUUUUAGAUCUCUCCUGAUCUCCCUCCGUUCAUACGUUGUCAGUUUUUCCCAUUUGUUAUUUUAGUUGGAUAAGUAUAUUUUUAAGGGUAUUAGGAAUCCUACUAUUCUUCGUCUUUUGCCAUCCUUUCGAUC